GAAGAAACUGUAAUUGUACAUGAAGAGAAGAAGAAGAAGAAACAAAAGCUUCCAGUUAGGAAAGGGCCUACAACAAGGAACAUCCAAGUGUAGUUCAAGAGGAGGAACCUGAUUUCCAACCUUCAUCUGAUGAAGAAGAGCAAGGAUUGUUGAAGGAGGCUGAUGAUGAUGGUUAUGAGCCAUUGGCAUUUGUGCUGCCAAAGAAAAGGAAGAGCAGGGCAAAGCAGAGGCCUCCUAGAAAAUGGUACAAUGAGAAAAUGGAGGCACCACAUGAGCAAUUAUGUCUACAGAUGUGUUUCAAGGAUCAACAUCAAUUCAGAGAGGCUUUGUUGAACUUACACAUCACUCAAGGCAGAAACUUCAAAUAUCAUAGGAACUUAGAUCAAAGAAUAAUUGUAGAAUGCAACCAAAAACAUUGCAACUUCUUUAUGGUGGCAGCAGUUAUAAAAGGUGAAACUACUUUUGUAAUUAAGAAGAUGAGAAUUAAGCACACUUGCCCUAUUAGUACAGAGACAACAAGGGUAAGUGCCAAGUGGCUUGCACAGAAGUAUGAGUCACUGUUCAGAUCUGAUCUAACAACUGGCAUUCAGACUUGGAUUGAUGCCUGCAUGGAGAAGUAUUGUGUGGAUGUGCCCAAGUAAAUGGCAUAUAGGUGUGGUGUGGAUGUGCCCAAGUAUGUCCUAGAUGUUAGGAAGAAACCAAUUAGGACAGUGUGUGAUGGAAUAAAGGAUAAGCAGAUGGUGAGGUGGCAUAGGAAUAGGGAGAGUGGAAAGAAAGCUAGAUGCGACAUAACACCCCAUUAUAGUGAGAUGCUAGAGAUUGAGAAGGAGAGGGCCAAAUAUUGCAAACCAAUUCAAGCUGGUGUGGACUUGUGGCAAGUUACAAGUGGGCAGCAAACCCAUGCUGUUAACUUGCAAAUGCACACAUGUGGGUGCAGAAAAAUGGGACCUAAGUGGCAUCCCAUGUAACCAUGCCAUCUCAGCAAUAAACAAGGCCAAAAGAAAACCAGAGGAUUAUGUCAGCAAGUUCUUCAAGAAAGAAAUUUAUCUGGCAGCUUAUGAACCAAUGAUCUAUCCAGUUCCUGGUGAGCAUGACUGGACAAGGACCCCUGGUCCAGUCAUUGACCCACCUGCAUUUGAAGUGAAGAGAGGAAGAAAGAAAGAGAAGAGGAUCAAGGGGAAAUUUGAAGUUCCAAAGCCUAAGGAGACAUCAAGAAUGGUGACUAUAACAUGCGGCAAUUGUGGACUGCAAGGACAUAGGUACACAAGCUGCAACAAGCAGUUGAAGCCUGAGCUGGCUUUGAGGAAGAACAAACAUGUGCCUCUUGCAAGGAAUUCCAAUGCUGGUGCUGCUGCUACUACACAAGCAUCAACAACUUCUCAUCCAACUCCUACAACAACACCAACAGCUGGAACAGGAGCUGGGAGAGGAGCUGGGAGAGGAGCUGGGAGAGGGGCUGCAGCUGCAGCUGCUGGGAGUGGUGCUGCUAGAGGUGCUGGUAGAGGUGCUGGUAGAGGUGCUGCACCAGGUGCUGGGAGAGGUGCUGGGAGAGGGAGAGGUACAUUCUCUGCCCCAAGGCAAUCUGGUCCCUCCACAUCUACUGCUCCCUCUACAUCUAUUGCUACUCCACCUUCUGGUGGUAGAAACAGAGGAUGGAGAGCCUACUUCUAUGCAAGUGGUAACCACUAAAUGGCACAAGUGCCAUGUAAUGUUCAAAACUAGAUAUUUCAUGUGUGUUCUUGCAUCCUAUGGUACAAUGUGAUCUUGCUGGUGCUCUUAGUGUACUUUGCUGGUGCUCU